ACCAAAGGCAAAUGACUAAGAAGAAGACAAAGAGGAGUCACCAAAUUCUUCCUUCCUCCUACAACCAUCCUCCAUCCAUCUUCCAACUUCCUUCUGCAUCGCGUCCACUCUCAUUCUCCUUCUUCCCCGUAAGAAGUGAAACGCAAGAAUACAGUAGAUCGGUAAAUCAAACAGUUGGUGGCAUUCCCCAGAAAUGAAGAGGGAGAGAGGGGGAGGGACGGGAGCGAACUUGGCGUCCUGCCUGGUGGCUACCAUUUUCCUCAUCUUCUUCAUCCUCGUCCUGCUCGUCGUCUUCUUCACCCUCUUCAGGCCCGAGAACCCGACCAUCAGCGUCAGCACCGUACAGGUUCCCACCUUCUCCAUCUCCAAUGGCACCCUUUCCUUCACCCUCUCCAUCUUCGCCGCCGUCCACAACCCGAACAGGGCCAGCGCCUUCGACCACUAUGACAGCACCGCCCUGCUUCUCUACUCCGGAAACCAGCUCGGCUUUAUGUUCAUUCCCGCCGGCGGCAUCGAUGCACGACGCACGCAACUCAUGACCAUCACCUUUUCCGUCAAGGGAUUCCCACUAGGCUCUAUCGGACUCCGGGCCGCUACCACCGUCGCGGCGGUCCCUACCACCAUUGAGGUCGAGGCGAGGAUGAGAAUGACGGGGAGGGUGAAAGUGCUGCAUUUCUUCACGCAUCACGCCGAGACGACGGUGGAUUGCAGGAUUGCGAUCGAUUCAAGGGAUGGAACGGUCCUGGGGUUCCACUGCUAGAGAGAGAGAGAGAGAGGGUAGGUUGGGGGUUCUCUACUGUUGCUACGGAUGAGUAGUUGGAAGUGUUUAGUUUGGUUCUGCAAUCACCCUAAAGAUUUUGGGGGAAGGUUACAUGGUGCAAGACUGGAUUCGACUCUGCAUCACUUUGUGUAGAGAUUUGGUGGGGGGAGAUCUUGGGAGAAGGUUACAAUGUGCAGAGGUUGGUAGAUCAAGUCUCUCUCUUUCUCUCUCUCUCUCUCUCUCUCUCUCUAUCUAUCUCUCUCACGCACAAGUUUGUGAGGGACCAUUGCAGCAUUUGGAGUUCAGAAGAGGACGUUUUCAGAUCAGAGCUUGAUGGUGAGCUCAAUUUACCAAUGUAUGCGUUAGAUCUAGGACUGAACUAUGUAGUUUGGUUUCGAGAAUCAACAAACUGGUUGUAAUUACUCUUGUUAUAUUAGUAAUAAUGAUAGUCUGGAUAUCA